AAAAAAGCAUAGAUUUUGCGGGGGAGGGGGGCUUUUCAUCAGCUCGAGCUGACGGAAGAGCUCCGAUGUUCGGAAACCCUAAUAAAGCUCCACCGCUGCUGAUUGGGCCCGAUUUCCUCCCCCUCUGAUCUCUUGCCAAUUUCGGUGGAGCGCUCGCGUCUUUCUGGACCCUCAAACUCUUUUUGCGCGAGCUCCGAGGGGAGCGAUCCGGUGCUUCGAAUUCCGUGCCGCAUUCUUCUUCUUCUUCUUUUGGCGGAAAAGAGCCCUCCUUUAAGUUGAAUUGUUUUUUGAAUCUGGGUGGUCUGGAGAUUUGAAAAGAAAUGGAGUAAAAAUCCAGGUGAUUGGGGCCGAUUUCGAGGGGGGAGAGAGAGAUGGGUCCGAAGGUGGAAGGGCCAUCGGCGCCGGCGAUGAGGCGAGACCCGUACGAGGUGCUGAACGUGUCCAAGGAUUCGACUGAUCAAGAAAUCAAGACUGCCUAUAGAAAGCUUGCUCUCAAGUAUCACCCUGACAAGAAUGUUGACAAUCCCGAAGCUUCCGAACUUUUUAAGGAGGUUGCAUAUUCAUACAACAUACUAUCUGACCCAGAGAAAAGGAGGCAAUACGAUAGUGCAGGGUUCGAGGCUCUCGAUGCUGAAGGCUUGGAUAUGGAAAUCGACUUGUCUAACCUGGGAACUGUCAAUACAAUGUUUGCAGCAUUAUUCAGCAAACUAGGCGUGCCAAUCAAAACUACGAUCUCUGCCAAUGUUCUUGAAGAAGCUAUCAAUGGAACUGUAACAGUACGACCCCUUCCAAUUGGAACAUCAGUCAGUGGAAAGGUGGAUAAGCAAUGUGCUCACUUUUUCGGUGUAACAAUUAAUGAACAACAAGCAGAAGCUGGUAUUGUAGUAAGAGUCACUUCCACAGCACAAAGCAAAUUCAAAUUGCUUUACUUUGAACAAGAGGCCAAUGGUGGUUAUAAUUUGGCCUUACAGGAAGACAGCGAAAAAACAGGCAAGGUGACAUCUGCAGGAAUGUACUUUCUGCAUUUCCAAGUUUACCGAAUGGAUUCAACCGUGAAUGCAUUGGCGAUGGCCAAGGAUCCUGAAGCUGCAUUCUUUAAAAGGUUGGAAGGUCUACAACCUUGUGAGGUUUCAGAACUUAAAGCUGGAACACACAUAUUUGCUGUCUAUGGAGAUAAUUUUUUCAAGCCUGCAAGCUACAUGUUAGAGGCUCUUUGUGCAAGAUCAUAUGAAGAGACGACGGAGAAGCUGAAGGAAAUUGAGGCUCAGAUAUUGAGAAAAAGGACUGACCUACGCCAAUUUGAGACAGAGUAUAGGAAGGCCCUUGCACGAUUUCAAGAGGUGACGAACAGAUACGGCCAGGAAAAGCAGUCUGUAGAUGAGUUACUAAAACAAAGAGACGGCAUUCAUUCUUCGUUCACUGUAACCCGGGUCCCAAAUGGUGACUUUGGUAGCAGCGGUAGUGCUGGUAAUGGUACUAGCAGCAGCAGCAACAGAGUUCCAGGUGAAGAUUCGAAGAUGGGAAGUCCGGUGGAAGAUGGAUCUGUUGAGGGAAAAGAUAAAUCAUCCAAAAAGAAAUGGUUCAACCUCAAUCUCAGAGGAUCUGAUAAAAAAAUUGGUUGAAUUGUAGAGUUGUAUAGAGGGUGUAUUUAUAUUCAUCCAGCAUUUGACCGAUUAGGGCGCUACCUUGCUAUUCUCUGAAGAGCUUCGAUCUCAUAUUCACUUGUUACUUGUCUUGUGGGUCUUCUUUUCGUUGUUUAUGCAGAAUCAAUGUUUUGUUUAUAGUGGCUAUUAGCUUGUAUCUUGUUUUUCAUCUCCCAAGUGUUGACAUGAUGUAUUAAAGAAAAAGGUACAAAGAGAAUGAAUGCAGAGGAAAUGUUGUGCCUUUUGCAGUCA